CACGACUUAGCUAUCUCCUCUAAUUAGAAGACGAAGAAGAUAGAUAUAUCAGAUCUUAUCAAAACCCUAGCUUUCGGUUUCUCUCUCGAUCCUUAGCUCGGAGAAUUUCUCAAUCGAAAACUGUAUUAGGAGCUGCGAUGGGUUCCAGAUCUCGUAAUGAUAAUUUCCAGUCCGGCGAUGGCGCUAGUCCUGGUAAAAUAUUCAUUGGAGGAUUGCACAAAGAUACGACUAAUACUGUGUUCAAUAAGCACUUUGGCAAGUACGGGGAGAUUACAGAUUCUGUCAUUAUGCGUGAUCGACAUACUGGACAACCUAGGGGUUUCGGUUUCAUCACCUUUGCUGACCCUUCUGUUGUUGACAAAGUUAUCGAAGAUAAUCAUAUCAUCAAUGGCAAACAGGUUGAGAUCAAAAGGACUAUUCCCAAAGGUGCUGGCGGCAAUCAGUCAAAGGAUUUCAAAACAAAGAAGAUUUUCGUUGGUGGUAUACCCUCCACUGUUACAGAAGAUGAACUUAAGGACUUCUUUUCCAAGUAUGGGAACGUGGUGGAGCACCAGGUUAUCCGAGACCAUGAAACAAACAGGUCCAGAGGUUUUGGUUUUGUAAUUUUUGACAGCGAAGAAGUCGUAGAUGAAUUAUUGUCCAAAGGAAACAUGAUCGAUAUGGCAGACACUCAGGUGGAGAUCAAGAAAGCUGAACCAAAGAAAUCUCUAAACCGUUCACCUCCUUCUUACGGUAGUCAACCUAGAGGUCGUUCUUCUAACGAUAGUUAUGGCGGUUAUGGUGGACCUUACGGAGGUUUUCAUGGAGGUUAUGGUCCUCCAGGUCCCAUUAGGUCACAUGGAGGUCCUCCUAGUAGGUUUGCUGGGGGAUAUGGGUAUGGUCGUGGCGGUGUAGGCCCUGAAUUUGGAGGAGGAUAUGGUAAUUAUGGGGGUGGUAGUUUAGGAGGUUACCGGAAUGAACCACCCCUUGGCUAUUCUAGUCGUUUUGGACCCUAUGGGAGUGGGUUUGCUGGCGAGGGAUAUGGUCGUGGAGGAGGGGAAGGCUAUGGGGCAUAUGGUGGUGGAGGAUAUGGUCGUGGAGGUGGGGAAGGCUACGGGGGAUAUGAUGGGCCUGGUUACGGUGGUGCAUAUGAAUCUGGUGUCCCAGGUGGCAGUUAUGAAGGAGCAGGUGGUCCAUAUGGGAGGGGUUAUAGUAGCAGUAGUCGAUACCAUCCAUAUGCAAGAUAGGGUCGAGGUAAUAGCAAUCAAUAGAAGCUAUAGAAGCUUCUCUCACAGGUUUCUCUAGAUUGUUCCAAUCGCUCUAGGUGCAUUCUAGAGUUAUCAUGUAGCGCCAACAUCAGGAAGGAUUGCUAAGGACAGGAAGAACAUCAAAAAACUUUUAUUAGAUAUCUUUUAGUGUGUGUUUACCUAAUUUAAGUGUUGUCUUAUCUCUUUAACUUAGAUUGUGUUAUGUAGACUUUAGAAUAUUUGGGUUUGGAGUUUGUUUCUCACUGGCACAAGAAUAAUUUAGAGUAAGCCUAUUUAUCA